UCGGAGGCUGCAGGGCGGGGAGAGUUCGGCCCAGGCUGCCGGAGAGGACACCUAUCAUCAACGGACACCCGGCUUGUGCGGGACGUGCGCUUGAUUCCUGGGAUUUUGUAAAAUAAAGAAAACAACACAAUAAUCUGUAAAGAAGUUGCUGGAAUUCACGCACGAGCAAGAGCCUUCCGAGCAGUGCGAUGGAGGAUGGGAAGCCGGUGUGGGCGCCCCACCCAGCGGACGGGUUCCAGCUGGGAACGAUCGUGGACAUCGGCGCCGACAGCCUCACCAUCGAACCUCUCAAACAGAAGGGAAAGACAUUUUUGGCUGCUGUAAACCAGGUGUUUCCUGCAGAGGAUGACCCUAACAAACAUGUGGAGGAUAACUGUUCUUUGAUGUACUUGAAUGAAGCGACGCUGCUCAACAACGUCAGAGUGAGAUACAGCAAAGACAAAAUUUAUACAUUUGUAGCUAACAUCCUGAUUGCAGUAAAUCCGUACUAUGACAUCCCAAAGCUUUACUCUCCGGAGACCAUCAAGCAGUACCGGGGCCGGUCUCUGGGAACGCUGCCGCCGCACGUCUACGCCAUCGCUGAUAAAGCCUACAGGGACAUGAAGGUCCUCAAGAUGAGCCAGUCCAUCAUCGUCUCAGGAGAGUCUGGGGCCGGGAAGACCGAAAACACAAAGUUUGUGCUCAGGUACUUGACCACCUCGUAUGGAACCGGUCAGGACAUCGACGAGAGGAUAGUUGAAGCCAACCCUCUGCUCGAGGCUUUUGGAAAUGCAAAAACGGUCCGCAACAACAACAGCAGCCGCUUCGGCAAGUUUGUGGAGAUCCACUUCAACGAGAAGAACGCCGUGGUUGGGGGUUUCGUGUCUCACUACCUGCUGGAGAAGUCCAGGAUCUGCAGGCAGAGUCCCGAGGAGAGGAACUACCACAUCUUCUACCGGCUGUGUGCUGGAGCGCCGGAGGACAUCAGACAGAAGUUCUACCUGAGCUCUCCGGACACCUUCAGGUACCUGAACAGAGGAUGCACUCGCUUCUUUGCCACCAAGGAGACGGACAAACAGAUCAUGCAGAACCGCAAGAGCCCAGAGCACCUGAAGUUCGGCCCUCUGAAGGACCCGCUGCUGGACGACCACGGCGACUUCAACAGGAUGUCUGUGGCCAUGAAGAAGAUCGGCCUGGACGACACCGAGAAGCUGGACCUGUUCAGGGUGGUGGCCGGCGUGCUGCACCUCGGAAACAUUGACUUUGAGGAGGCGGGGAGCACGUCAGGCGGCUGCACCAUCAAGAACCAGUCCAGUCAGACACUGGAGCACUGUGCCGAGCUGCUUGGUCUGGAGGAGGAGGACCUGAGAGUCAGCCUCACCACCAGGGUCAUGUUGACGACAGCAGGGGGCGCCAAAGGAACAGUCAUCAAAGUGCCACUCAAAGUGGAGCAGGCUAACAACGCUCGGGACGCCCUGGCGAAGGCCGUGUACAGCCGUCUUUUCGACCAUGUGGUGACCCGGGUCAACCAGUGUUUUCCCUUCGACUCCUCGGCGAACUUCAUCGGCGUCUUGGACAUCGCUGGCUUUGAAUACUUUGAACACAACAGCUUCGAGCAGUUCUGCAUCAACUACUGUAACGAGAAACUGCAGCAGUUCUUCAACGAGCGGAUCCUGAAGGAGGAGCAAGAGCUGUACCAGAGGGAGGGGCUGGGAGUCAACGAGGUUCACUACGUCGACAAUCAGGACUGCAUAGACCUGGUGGAGGGGAAGCUGGUCGGCAUCCUGGACAUCCUGGACGAAGAGAACCGCCUACCUCAACCCAGCGACCAGCACUUUACCGACACGGUUCACAACAAACACAAGGACCAUUUCCGCCUCACCGUACCCAGGAAGUCGAAGCUGGCCGUCCACAGGAACGUGAGGGAUGAUGAAGGAUUUAUUAUCAGACACUUUGCUGGAGCUGUUUGCUACGAGACGACCAAGUUUGUGGAGAAGAACAACGACGCCCUGCACAUGUCCCUGGAGUGUCUGGUCAGCGAGUCCAAAGACCGCUUCGUCCGCGAGCUCUUUGAAAACUCCAACAACAGCAAAGACAUGAAGCAGAAGGCGGGAAAACUCAGCUUCAUCAGUGUGGGAAACAAGUUUAAGACCCAGCUGAAUAUCCUCCUGGACAAGCUCCGCAGCACGGGCUCCAGCUUCAUCCGCUGCAUCAAACCCAACCUGAAGAUGGUCAGCCACCAGUUUGAAGGAGCGCAGAUUCUCUCCCAGCUGCAGUGCUCCGGUAUGGUGUCGGUGUUGGACCUGAUGCAGGGCGGCUUCCCCUCCAGAGCUCCCUUCCAUGAACUCUACAACAUGUACCAGCAGUACAUGCCUCCUAAACUCUGCCGCCUCGACCCGCGACUGUUCUGCAAGGCUUUAUUCAAAGCUCUGGGACUGAACGAGAACGACUACAAGUUCGGCCUCACCAGAGUGUUUUUCCGACCCGGGAAGUUUGCAGAGUUUGAUCAGAUCAUGAAGUCCGACCCCGAUCACUUGGCUGAGCUGGUGAAGAAGGUCAACAAGUGGCUGAUCCACAGCCGCUGGAAGAAGGUCCAGUGGUGCGCUCUGUCCGUCAUCAAACUGAAGAACAAGAUCUUGUACCGAGCCAGCGCCUGUAUCACCAUGCAGAAGACGGUCCGGAUGUGGCUCUGCAGGAAGAAGCACAAACCUCGGAUCGACGGGUUAGUGAAGGUGCGUAACCUGAAGAAGAGGAUGGACCGCUUUAACGAGGUGGUGGCUGGGCUGAAGGAGGGCAAACAGGAGAUGAGCAAACAGAUCACGGACCUGGAAGCCGCCAUCGAUGCCCUGAUGGUCAAAAUCAAGAGCACCAUCAUGAGCCGCAUCGACAUCGACCACGAGUACCAGGCCCUGGUGUCGCGGUCGGAGAAGCUGCUAACUGAAAUGCAGAACAAGAAGAAGGAGGAGGAGGAGCGGGAGAGGCUGAGGCGCAUCCAGGAGGAGAUGGAGCGUGAGAGGAAGAGGAGGGAAGAGGAGGAGCAGCGACGUAAGCAGGAGGAGGAGGAGAGGAAACUGAAAGCUGAGAUGGAGGCGAAGAGGAAGCAGGAAGAGGAGGAGAGGAAGAAGAGAGAGGAGGAGGAGAGGAGGAUCCAGGAGGAGAUGGAGCUGCAGCUGCAGGCCGAGCGGGAGGAGGAGGCGUCCCGACAGGCCGUCCUGGAGCAGGAGAGGAGGGACCGAGAGCUGGCGCUGAGGAUCGCUCAGAGCGAGUCCGAGCUGAUCCCUGAGGAGGCCAACGACGCGGGGCUGCGCAGUAACGGCUCCUCAGUCCCAUCGUCCCCAGAGAGAGCAGCCCCGGCUGGAACCACAAAACUCAAGAGCUUGACCAUGGAGGAGAUGGCGAAGGAAAUGACUGAACUCCUGGCUCGAGGUCCACAGGUCCAGGCCUCCAAGGCCGCUGCUGCCGCCUCCAAGAAGUACGAGCUGAGCAAGUGGAAGUACGCCGAGCUGCGAGACGCCAUCAAUACCUCAUGUGACAUCGAGCUGUUGGCAGCCUGCAGGGAGGAGUUCCACCGCCGACUCAAAGUUUAUCAUGCCUGGAAGUCAAAGAACAAGAAGAGAAACACAGAGACGGAGCAGAGAGCGCCCAAAUCCAUCACCGACUACGCCCAGCAGAACCCGGCUCCGCCUAUCCCGGCCCGGCAGUACGAGGUAGCCAUGAACCGGCAGCAGCGCUACUUCCGCAUCCCGUUCAUCAGACCAGGUGACCAGUACAAAGACCCGCAGAACAAGAAGAAGGGAUGGUGGUACGCUCACUUCGACGGGCCCUGGAUCGCACGGCAGAUGGAGCUGCACCCGGAUAAACACCCCAUCCUGCUGGUGGCAGGGAAGGACGACAUGGAGAUGUGUGAGCUGAGUCUGGAGGAGACAGGCCUGUCCAGGAAACGCGGCGCUGAGAUCCUCCCUCGGCAGUUCGAGGAGAUCUGGGAGCGCUGCGGCGGGAUCCAGUACCUCCGCAGCGCCAUCGAGAGCCGGCAGGCGAGGCCCACCUAUGCCACGGCCAUGCUGCAGAGCAUGUUCAAGUGACGGGGCCCGGGGCCCCGCGCUGCAAACAAAGGGACAAACGCACCAGCUACCUAAAGAAGAUGGCGUGUGAGCGUACGGCUCCAGGUUCUGACAGGCGUUCAGCGGUUUCUCUCCCUUUUGUUUCAUUUCGUUUCCUUCUUGCUGGCUUUGGUUUUUUGUGGGGGUGAGGUCGGGGGAGUUUUGCGUUGAACCCUAUGCAGAAAAAUCACUAAAUUAUCAGAUCCGGUUGUUUUCCAGGAGUUUUCCUCUCUAACUUUUCUGCAAGUUUAACUCUGAGGCCUUAACACUACUUUAACAGGGUUUGAUCGCCACUUUUUCUUUGUUUUUUUUCUCAAAGCUGCCUCCCCAGACAUGAAAACUUAAUUCCUGUGUAAUUAUGCAUUCCUGAUUCUGACACUGAAGUUUCACUGGUGUGUCGCUAGCUGGUGACCCCUCUCCGACGAUAAACCUGCUGUUUACAUCGUCUUCAUGUUCAGGAAACUGGAGCCGUCACAGUGAGCUGCACGAGCGUCACGCUAAAUCCUCGCUAAUACUUCCUGUUUUAUUUUUCCUUCUGUCUUUCCAGCCGAAUGUAACUCCAGACCUCGUUGAUUGGUUCAUGUAGUGAUUCCUCUUUUCUCCUCUUCGUGUGUGAUUAAAGCUAAUGAGAACGGUCCAAAAACGUUGAGACCAAACUUCGAACCCUUGUUUGGGGUUUUGUGGCCAGAGCGGUAAUCCAGCUCAGUGAUUCUUAUUUUUAUGUUUAUGAAGCAGAAAAUGUGAAAUUAUUAUGCAACUCCUCGUGGGCUGUUUGAGAACAGAUCAGCGCUGCAAAAAACACUCCUUCAUUCCAUCUUUUCAACAUUUAUAUCCGACACAAGGAAGCUUAAUUUGCCAAUGCAGUGAUUCCCAGGACGGCUUCAUUGAUUAUCCUAAAUAUUUAAAUAUAAAUCAUGCUAAAGAAAAGUUAAACUCAUGCCAGAUCAGACGUUUUCCUUCAUCACUUACACGAUGCACUGGUACUCUUUGUUGAUCUGGGCCAUCCAUGCAACACUGAAUAUUUUUACGUUUAUGCAGCCAGCGGCAAUUUCAAACUGGAAUGUGAGCGUUUACUUUUUCAAAGAACAGUUUCUACUUGUGGCUCGUGCAUGAGAGAUUUUCAGGAGAAGCAAUAAAUCAAAGCUAAGAGAUAAAAAAAACGAACAGGCCUGAAGACAAUCUGCUCAACCUGCUCUGUUCACCUGAUGCCAAGUUUGUUCCCGAGCUUUCUCUCUUUAAAUCUCUGCACAACAGAAACUUGGAUUGUCUGAAAGAAUGAGGGUUUGUCUUCUCAGAAAGCAGUGGGUCAUCUGUAUAAGUGGCAUUAACAUGCAGGAGAACAGACUCAGAGCUGGGCAGGAGUUGCGCAGAAGGACGAGGAGGAGAAGCAGCGUACGUACACCAAAGUUAACACUGAAGCAUUGCAGCAGAAAUGUUCCUGCUGCAAAAUGUACAGCCUUUAUGAGAUUAUUUCACACGUCAUGAUUCAUAUUUGGGCUUCAUGUUCAACAAUGGGCAGUGACGACAAAAUCCGGUGAACAUGGUAUCGUCUGGUCAGGCCUUUAGGAUGCUUAUUUUUGAUUUUAAAGCUCAUUAAAUGUGACAAAAUGGCUCUCAGUGCCAAGAAAUGUGUCUGCAGUGAUUUAGUAAAGCUUUGACAUUAAUAAGAGAAUAAAUCUGCGUCAGACAGAGGGUAACUGAGCCGUUCUCCUGUCUGUUAAUGCCGACUCUAAAGGUGCCACACUCUCUGCUGUCGUUGGUUUAAACUUGGAAAUACUUUCUCUGAUGUUAAAGAACCAUCCUGCACCCGCUGCGGUCUGUUUCUCUCCACACAUUACAAUCAUUCCUCGGGAAGCACUGCCUUUGUCCACUCUGUCGUUUUUCUAACGCUGAUCUCUCUAACAGAUGAAUAAAAGCAUUCCAUGUUUCA